AUAAAUUUAAAAAAAAGUUGAAGAGAGAAAAGAAAUGGAAAAAAAAUGGUGGGUAAGGUUGGGGAUGAUGAUGAUUUAGUGGGGCUGAGCAUUAUAAUCGUUCAUUAAGGUCCUUCUUCAUCUCGAUUCCUCGAUGCUUAUCCCAUAAGGGUUUUGAUUGAGGAGAAAUCAUGUGGUGAUUGAUAAUUUAUUGAAUUUUUGGCCCUUUUUUUGGGGGUAAAUGGAAAAAUUCAAUUCACAAACAGCAAUAGUUACAAUCUCCAAUUGCAUAAGCUGAAAUGGGAGCUUCUCUCCUUACAACUUUCUCAAUGGAGAAUCAUCAUCCUUCAACUCUUUUAUCUAUGGAUUCGAGCGCUCACGACGAGUUUGAUUUAGACAAGAGUCGGCAAUCUAUUCUGUCCCGGCCACCGGAUAUCAAUUUGCCAUUAUCUGCCGAGCGUAGCCCUCCACCACAGCAGCCAUGGAACUCCGAUCAGUGCGAUAUUCUAGAUGUUGGGCUGUGUUCACAAGCUUAUGAAACCGAGAGCUACCUUCCAGUCUCGAAAGCUGGACGGAAAUGCGCUAAGCGGGUAGAUAGUAUAUGGGGUGCUUGGUUGUUCUUUAGCUUUUACUUCAAACCUGCUUUGAAUGAGAAAUCCAAGGCUAAGAUCGUUCGAGAUAGCAAUGGUGUUUCUGGUUUCGAUAAAUUGGAUCUUAAGUUGGAUGUUUUCAUGGUUCAGCACGACAUGGAGAAUAUGUAUAUGUGGGUUUUCAAGGAGAAACCCGAGAAUGCGUUGGGUAAAAUGCAGCUUCGAAGUUACAUGAAUGGGCAUUCUCGUCAAGGGGAACGUCUUUUUCCCUUUAGUGUCGAUAAGGGAUUUAUCCGUUCCCAUAGGAUGCAACGGAAGCAUUAUAGAGGAUUGUCAAAUCCUCAAUGCGUGCACGGGAUCGAACUUGUUCCAUCACCGAAUCUUAUGGCUCUCAGUGAGGAAGAUCGGAAGAAAUGGGUUGAGCUUACCGGAAGGGGUUUAAACUUCACGAUUCCACCCGAAGCUAGUGAUUUUAGUUCAUGGAGAAACCUCCCGAACACUGAUUUUGAGCUCGAGAGACCUCCGAUAAUAAAGAGCGUACUCAAUUUAUCUACUCAAUCAUCGAGCCAUAUGGACAGUGAUGGCACUGACUUAUCACUUGUGAGCAACAAAAGGAGGAAAGACGAUGAUUGCUAUUUGCCGGUCAUUCCUCCAUCCGACCGAAUACCAGACAUGGAAAUUCAUCCUAGUGAACCUCACUGGUUAAACGACUUCAGUGGGGUAAUGAAAAACGCUUACGGUCCCGUUACUGCUGCGAAAGCCAUCUACGAGGACAAAGCCGGUUACUUGAUCAUUAUCAGCUUGCCUUUUGUUGAUCUUCAAAGGGUAAAGGUCUCAUGGAGGAACACACUCACUCAUGGUAUUAUAAAACUAUCUUGUGUGAGCACAACGGGUAUGCCGUUCAUCAAACGACACAACCGGACUUUCAAGCUUACGGAUCCCGCUCCCGAGCAUUGCCCUCCCGGCGAAUUCGUUAGAGAAAUCCCAUUGUCAACUCGAAUCCCCGAAGACGCCGACAUAGAAGCAUAUCACGACGGGCCGGGUUCUGUUCUCGAGAUUAUGGUUCCGAAACUACGGAUGGUACCCGAAGAACAUGAAAUCCGGGUUUGUCUUCGGCCUAAACAUGUGGGGAAUGAUCUCAUGUUGACAUGAACUAUAAAAGGGUAGUUGGUAUGGUUGGUGCUGCAUUGUUUUUACUGACCUUUGUACGAUACAAUGUAAUCUAUGAAAACAAAAAUAUGGGUCUUCCGUUUUAUACUUUUACCAUUUUUGACUGUAAUUAGAAUUUGAUUUUUCGGACAUUUGAUUAUAUUAAACUUGUGUUUUGUAGUUUCAGACAUUUAUUGAAUUUUAAUGUAGAGGUAGAAAUUGUUGAAUUA